AUGAUUGGAGACCGUAGGCGAAAGGUUCAGUCGGAUCUUUCCUUCUCUAGUUCUGCUACAGUGCUCCUCGAACGAAGAAAUAGGGCAAGAGGUAGUACUACGUUAUUGUUCUAUCCAAAAAGAAGUUUCCCUUCUAGAAGAAAAAAAGGAGAGUCUCCGACAAAGACCCGACCCGGAAUUCAGAGUAGUCCGGAAACGACGAUCAGAAACUCCAGUUUCUCCCCUCCGCGUUCAACCUCCGUUGUACAGCGUGACGUCAUCAUCACGGCGGCGUUUGAGACCCUCGGGAUUCCGUCCUUCCCGACUCCGAACCCGCGAAGCUUCCCUUACAGUGUGAAGCAACAGUGCUGGGAGAAAGAGGAUAAAAUCAGGGGCCGUGACCCGGACCGAUGGCGUCCGGACCCGUUGGGAAAUACGGUGUUCCGGAAGCUUGUUGGUUGCCCCGGUUGCUUGUGCCACGAUUACGACCAUAUCAUUCCUUACUCCAAGGGAGGCCAAAGCACUUUGGAGAACUGUCAGGUUUUGCAGGUGCUUCUGAAAAUCAGGCUGUUCUAUUCCCUUCGCCCGCCAACCCCCGUGUUGAUCUAG